CAGAAAUCCGAGGAAGGAUAAGAAGGAUCCGCAAAACCCCUACACGGGGAAGACCACUCCUCCGCUCAUGGACGCUGAAACCCUACCCGUCAGCAGCCGCCCCAUGUCCCGUCUCCGGGGACCUUUUCGCUUAACCAAGGCAUCAUUUGUCAUUGGGUUUCUAUCAUGCAUCUUCUUCUCCUUUGUUGCGUGUGUGCAUUGCUUUGAGGUCGGGAUGCAAGAAUCUGUGGAAGAAGACAAUGGAUGCGGAUCCUCUAAUGGCAAUUAUGGUGCCGGCAUUCCGAGCGUUAUUCUCGGGGAGGUUGAUUCAGAUUAUGCUCCAGAUAAUUCAAAAGCUCGCAUGACCCUUGGCAAUGUCUGUAGCAAUUCAGAGUUUUUCUGCUUUCCUUCAACACUGCCUGGUUUUUUGUCUGAGAAGUCCAACACUAAGGAUACUACUCUGGAAGACUCUUUGAUUAGGCCCGAUGAUCCAUUGUUCGUUGGAGUAGGGCCGGGUGAAUUUACUCAGUGGGAAAAUAACUCCAGCUGGUCAUCAGAUUAUGGUAUAUCUAUAUUAUCAAACGGAAGGACCAUCUCUUGUUCUUUGAACUCUAGGAAGGAUGUCAAUGAAUUCUCAUAUAUUCGGACAUCUGGUGCUAAUCAACAUGAUAUAUCUUCUUGUAGAGCACCUCUGCUUAAUCAAGAAAGUGCCAGUUUUAGUCAGGGCAAGAAUUCUGAGAUGGACAAGUCAGGUUCCUUUGAUGGGUUUUUGUCACCCAAUAUAGAAAUAUACCCUCCUAUACUUGACUGGGGAGAAAAGUACUUGUAUGGUCCUUCCAUAGCCUUCUUAACAGUGUCAAACAACUGGAGUGACAGCAUUUUACAUGUCUACCAGCCGUUCAGCACAGAUGUGCAGUUCUUCCCUUGCAACUUUACUGAGGCAGUACUAGAACCCGGUGAAGUAGCUUCUCUCUGUUUUGUCUUCUUGCCUAGAUGGCAGGGUUUGUCCUCAGCUCAUCUGAUCGUGCAAACAAAUUUUGGAGGUUUUUUGGUGCAGGCCAGAGGCUUUGCGGUCAAGUCUCCAUAUGGGAUUCAGCCGAUAUUAGGUGUAGAUGAAUCUUCUGGUGGAAGGUGGAGAAAGAACUUGUCGUUGUUCAACCCUUUCGAUGAGAGCCUCUACGUGGAAGAAAUAGCCCUAUGGUUAUCAGUUUCUCUGGGAAAUAAUUCCCUCCAUAUGGAAGCGACUUGUAUGCAGGAAAACCCCUCAAGCUCUGAUGACCCACGUAGUGUUAAAGAUUGGUUUCUUGUGAAGAGUAGUCCUAUUGAUUUGCCAGUGAUAGCAAUGAGAUCUCAUAAAAGUUGGGAAAUUGGUCCUCGGAUUAGCGAGGACAUUGUAGAGAUAGAUUUAUCUUUUGGUUCUGUUGGCAAAGUUUUGGGUGCCUUUUGCAUGCAGUUAACAAGGUCUUCAAAAGAUAGAGCUGACAUAAUGAUGGUACCGAUUGAAGCUGAGAUAGAUGAUAUGGCGGGAACUCAUGAUAUAGCUGGUCUUCUUUCCAUCUCUCUUGAGAGCGUGACAUCAUCUGAUGUCGCUGGAAGUUUUGUUAGCAUAUCUUUGAGGAAUAGCGCUACACAUGUUCUUACUGUUACUAAGAUCAGUGAAAUUGCAAAUUCAAAGCUUUUUCAGAUCAAGUACAUGGAUGGCUUGGUACUCUUUCCCGGCACCAUUACACAAGUUGCUGUACUUACUUGCAAUCACGUAUCAGAUGAAAUUCAUUUUACUCAUGGGACGUUCGAUGUAGACAGAAAAUGUAAAUUUCUUAUACAGACGAAUGACUCACAAAGUCAGAUUGAAAUUCUCUGCCAGGACAUUCUACAUAUCUGCUUGAGACGUGAUUCCUUUUCUGGUUACAAUCAUCAGGUCCAUAAUACCGAUUUUGGAAAUAAAAGGACAUUAUCAUUGGAGCACUUGCGAGCAAAUGCUGAGGCACUGCAGACAGCAGAAUUAGAUGAGUUCGUGCUAGUAAACUGGAAAUCUCAAGGUACCAAUUGUGAGAUGUCGGUGCUUGAUGACCAUGAGGUUUUCUUCCACAUUGUUCCUGUUGGGACUCAUCUCUCCAAGUGGAUCACCGUACAUAAUCCAAGUCAGCAACCAGUCAUUAUGCAACUGCUCUUGAACUCCGGAGAAAUGAUUGAUGAGUGCAAGAACCCAAUUCAACUUGGGCAGCCUAUUUCGUCUAGCAUCCUGGUUCAUGGUGAAUCUGUCAAGCCACUUGCCUGUGGGUUUUCUGUAGCGGAGAGUGCUCUAACAGAAGCUUAUGUUCAUCCUCAAGGACAGGCAUCUUUGGGGCCUUUGAUCUUUCAUCCAUCGGAUCGUUGUGAGUGGAGGAGUUCGGUGCUGGUUAGGAACAAUCUUUCUGGUGUGGAGUGGUUAUCUUUGCGGGGAAUCGGGGGGUUGUAUUCUCUUGUCUUGCUUGAAAAUUCAGAACCCGUUGAAAAAUUAGAAUUUGACCUUCACUUUUCUGAUUCUUUGAACAUUGUCAAUCAAGAUGAGAUGACAUCCCAAAUGCAUGAUACCGCACAUUCAUGCCAUCAGCCUUUAACCAAGGUAAUUUAUGCCAAGAAUACAGGAGAUUUGCCAUUGGAGGUUAGAAGGAUAAGGGUUUCUGGGACAGACUGUAAGUUGGAUGGAUUCUUGGUUCACAAUUGUACAAAUUUUUCUCUGGAACCUGGGGAAGCAAAGAAGCUUCUAAUAUCUUACAGAAGCAAUUUUUUGGCUCCUGUGGAACACCGAGAUCUUGAAUUGGAUUUGGCAACUGGAAUUGUGGUUAUACCCAUGAAAGCCAAUAUUCCCUUGACCAUGCUUGGUUCAUGCAAGAAAUCUCUGUUCUUGAUUCGGGUGAAGAGAAUAUUUAAGGCGAUCCUCCUUGCUGUUCUGUUUGUGUUGGUAUUAUUUUGCAUCUUCCCCCAGAUGACGGUCUUUUGUCCGCAGGACAGGCAAUGUGUGAGAGGAAAGGAUUCCAUUACGACGACGCAGAGCAAAGGAAAAUCCUCAAGAGUUCACUGUAGUAGAAAAAGUAGUAAACCUUUUGUGUCCACUGAGGAAGAUCAUUUUCGUAACUUUGUAGUUGCAGAUAAACCCUUACUACCGGAGUCCAUGGCAGAUGCUGAUAAUCUCCGUGGAUGUGAACGAGAACAUGAGAUUGGUGCACCAGAUACAAAGUCAAAUGCUCAGGAUGUGGGAACACCAGUCAUUCGUGCAGAAGCUCGGAAAGAAACGGAACGAUCAUGUUCGCCAUUGAGUUUGGUCGGUGCUGCUGAGAGCUGCAAUGUGUCGGAGGAAGUAUCGCAGCCUGGUAACCUCAGUGUCCGCAUUAGAAAAGACAAAGGAAGAAGGCGAAGAAAGAGAAAGGGUGCUGGUGCAGGGUUAAGUGCCCAUUUUGAAGUUUCGAGUAGCCAAAGCGGAAAUUCGACGCCUUCAUCUCCCCUAUCUCCUGCCUCUUCUGUUCCUACACCCAGAAGAAUGUGGCCUCUCUCUCCUGAUCCUGAAAAAUGUAUUGAGACCAGGAAUCCCCUUUCUCAAUGGCCAGACCGAUUUAAGGAGAGGCGUCAAGUCUCUGAAUCUGUUAAGAAGGAAAACUUUUUGGAACCCGCAGUUUUGGACAAGAAGAGCUUCGCUGUACCUCAGGAGCAGCCUCCAGCACGAGCAAAAACUGCUAGCAAGCCCGUGCUAUUGCCUUCUGCGACGUUCCCAUGCACCGGGAGACCCACCUCGAGCUUGCGUUGCUCUUCUCAUUAUCUGGCUUCAACGGCAACUGUUGCCCCGCACGCCCGGGCUCCUGGUUCCCAACUGUGCAGCGAAAAAACCGUCAAGUCAGAGAAAAAGGCGGAAUUCGGGAACGAGUUCACAUACGACAUCUGGGGGGAUCAUUUCUCCGCUCUUCGUAUGGCGGGUCGGUCGACGGGUGACUCGGCCAAGACUUCCAGUGCUGUAAAUAGUGACUCUAACAGCUUCUUUGUAAGGGGUCCGCAGACCCUGAUGAAGAAAUACCAACCAGGAUCUCUAAGUUCUCAACAAGGUGGUUAGUGAAAUAAAUUAUGAGUUUAA